AUGACUAAUGCAAGUAUAUCCAUAUCGGUAUGGAACACUGCAGUUGAAAAAAUGAUAUGCAACUUUGCACUCAGAGAAUGGGAAUUCACCUCAAAAGUUGCUUUUGAUAUUCAGAGGCUAAUAGCCUCAUUAAACCUUCAAGUUCUUAGAAAUAUAUUGGAAUACAAUCCGACCACAUUGUCGCUCUUUUUUAUUCUACCGCCCACUUUGCAAUGGCAUGAGCAAUCUCGUUAUGAAGGCGAUUCGUAUGCUGACAAAGACCACAUUCUACUAAAUCCAGGAGUGUUCGAAGAGGAUAAGGGAGUAUUGUUGUUGAGAUUGAGAAAUAGGAAGAGGAUAAGGGAGGAUAAAGAAGAUGAGAAAAUUAAGGAAUUCUGGCAGCGGACGAUACAGCGGGGCACCUGCUACCUCGGUUCAACAUCGAGUCUUUUGUCUAUCCUCUUGGGCCCCUUUAAAGAUGAGCAUUUAUACCCUUUAAAGGAUCUAAAUUUGCCGGAGAUCGGACGGCACAGAGAGAGAGAUAGAGAGAUCGUGUGCUUCGACGGCUUGUCGCCGGCGCCGCUUCCUGACUUUCGUCUUCGGCAGUGUGUGUGUACGAGAGAGAGAGAGAUUUUACCUCUUGGAGAAUAA